GCCCCGACACCGCGCAUGCGCAAACGCACGCGCAGCCGCCCUGUGAGCCCCGACUCGCAUUCUCCGCCCCGCCCCUGGGACCGGAUGGAGUUGCCGGCGCUUCCGGCGGCCGGCGGCUGUGUGGUUGCCUCGGUGAUGUCGUGGGUUCAAGCGAGUCCUUUGGUCCGGGAUCCUGGCGAGGACGGGGACGUGUUUGACGAGGAAGCGGACGAGUCGCUCGUGGUGCAGCGGGAAUGGCGGAGCCACAUGCAGAGACGAGUCAAAGAAGGUUAUAGAGAUGGAAUAGAUGCUGGCAAAGCAGUUACUCUUCAACAAGGCUUCAAUCAAGGUUAUAAGGAAGGUGCAGAAGUCAUUAUAAACUAUGGACAACUCAGAGGAACAUUGAGUGCUUUGCUCUCCUGGUGUCACCUUCAUGAUAAUAGUUCGGCUUUGAUCAGUAAAAUAAAUACUCUUCUGGAUGCCGUUGGCCAGUGUGAAGAGUGUGUGCUCAAACAUCUGAAAUCAAUCACUCCGCAGCCCCACGUUGUAGAUUUAUUGGACUCCCUUCAGGAUAUGGACCUGUGUCAUGUAGUUCCAGCGGAGAAAAAGACUGAUGAAGCUACAGACGAAAGACUCUGUGAAAAUAAUGCUGAGUUUAACAAAAACUGUGGCAGGAGUGUUAAUGGGGUAGAUGGUUCAUCUUUAGAAUGUUGUAGAACACAGGAGCAUGCACAUUCUGAACAGCCAAGCCUCACUUGGAUUCUAGAACAGACAGCCAGUUUAGUAGAGCAGCUGGGAGUGUCCAUAGAUGUAUUACAGCACCUCAAACAGCUAUAGAAAUUAGCUUCACUUUUCUAAUGAAAAUAAUGUUCAGAGCAUUUCUUAGAGCGUUCCGUUUCUGAACAAGCUCACCAAAAUCUCUACUGGUUUCGACAUUGCACACUUCACUUGGAGGGUUAUCCUUCAUGAAAGUUUGAAAGGCCUUCAAAAGUAACACUAUUAAAUGUAAUGUAAGCCUUUUUCCUUUGUCACUUGUAAUUUUUAUGUAGUUUAAUAUAUGCUCAGAAAUUCCAGUUGUCAUUGUCAUUUUCAAAUUUCUCAUCAGAAUCAAGCAUUUUCAGACUCAUUAGCAAAAGUGAACAAGAAUCAAACAUAUUUUGUAAGGACCUAACCCUGCUUUCUGUUCUUGUCACCAUCAGGUAAUUAGGACCUCGUCACCAGCUAAUCAGACCAAAGUUACCAGAAAUAACCUAAUGACUAACACUGUAAAUAGAUAGGCACACAUACAUAUAGACAUGUAGAUAAACGUAUUGCAAUUAAAAGGCUGUAAUGUAAGAAACUGAAGAAAUGUUUGUACUACUGAUGAUUAAAAACAAAAUGCUAAAAUCCAUUUUAGUUUCAUGUUAAUUAAAAAUACAUACGAUUCCGUGAAGAAUACAGAAAAUAUAUUUCAUGCUCAAGUGCCUACUCAGUUUUUCCAAGAGUUAGUAGUGUUGCCUAACAAGGUGCCAGAUUUUUUCUAAACUGCAGUUUUGUUUCAUAUUCACAUAGAAAUAAAACACUGAAACCCCUGACUUCUAUCUUGCCUUGUAACAAUAUUCUUAGUCUAGCAUAGACCAAAUUAGAUUCAAACUUUUGCUCCAGGACAUAAGAUCAGGAAAGGAUUUUUCAUCACUUUUUGCCGGAAACGCAGUGCCUGACUUUAGAGAUGGCCAAAUAAUUGCCCCAUAUCGACAGCCUUAAUUGCUUUGUCAUUAGUAUUUAUAUUUACUAUCUAUUCUAAAAGACAGAUAUACUGAGAUUCUAAGAGAAUCUGAUAAAAUGGCUCUUUCAGGAGAUUAAGAAAAUGUACUACUGUGAUCUUAGAACCUCCUCAAAGUUUACAGAACAUUAAGAAAUUGAAGCCACAGAUUUGAAAUCAGAAGACCAUAUAGGGUUUCAGCAUUUACUAAAACAUGCUAAAAAUAUCAAGUUAAAUUUGACAGCUGGUUAAAAAAAGUACUUGCUUCUAUGUCUGUAGAUGUAAACACUAUUUCAGAGAUUUACUAAUUUGUGUGUGUGUGUGUAUAUAUAUAGUCCAUAUUUAUGGAUGCAGCAAAAUUCUCAAAUCCACAUGGCAUAUUAUAAGCAAUCUCUAAAAUCUUCGUGUUGCUCUGCCUUGCAUAUUAGAUAUCAAAUACCUGUCUCUAAUGAUGCAUCUCAAGAAAGUCACCCUGAGUAAAAACUUCAUAAGUGCAGCAAAUCUUAAGAUUUUAUCUAGACACCCUGAUAAGAUUCCCUGAAGGUAGCACCCUUGCCACCCUUGGUAAUUGGGUGGUUUUGUGCAGGUGCUCAUAGAAAAGGAAGUCAAGAGAAUUAGCUGAGUCGAUGAGACUGCUGGGUUGAAAACAACACUUAAACUUAUCUUGCCUUUUAAAAAAUACAGAUAGAAGUUUCUGGACUGCAGAGGAAUAUGAAUGGUAUAAGCUCAUUGUACCUGUGUUCCAUGAACAUGAGCUUCUGUACUAGAACCAGCAGAAGUAAAGGGAAGAAACCUUGCUCACCUGUGUCUUUUACCUCGCCUCCUAUGUUGUAGGCCUGCCAAGUCUAGCCAUGCACACACCCUAGGGGAACACAGACGUAAGGCGGGAUUGCCCCAGAGCAGGCACAGCCAGAGCUUCAAGGCCCGGCACCCAGACAUUAGGCCGGGGUGAUGUGGCUUCCUUAAAAACAGAAUUUUCACCUUAAAUAAGUUAUUUCUAGAUGCUGACAUACCUGGAGGUUUCUUUUUUUAAGGGAGAGGGUGAAGCCCACAAUACUAUGCUUUUGUGACAUUUUGGUUGCUAGAGCUCCUAAGCCUACUAAGUUUUUGUGAUACACAAACAAACAGGAAAUGGACAGCUGAAUUCACCUACUUGCAUUCUUAUCUCGUUUAUAUCCUUAGUGCUGCUUAUUAACUGCUUUCGUGGUAAACCACAAUAAAAGCCUUGAGCCAA